GGAAGCAGCAUCAUUCUGCUAAGGAAGCAGGAGGUCCCAGAAGAUGGGAGGCUAAAAAUACUGCCCUACUGCGUACGCUGUAAUGUGUGAUCCCGCCUGCUGCUCACUGCAGUGACUGUGCUGCGGUGUUCACCCCUCUCCUUUUCUCCAGCUUGAGUGGUCCAUGUUGCAGCCGGCACAAGGAGACAUGCUUACAUUCCUCAUAGUGUCUGGUGGCUCCAUCUGGCUGCUUAUGGAGUUUGCCAUUUCAAUACUUGAGAAGAUGCAGGCACAAGAAAUUUUGCGGAGUUUGAGGCUGCCAGAGUUCGAUGAAUUCAGCCAGUUUUUCCGAAGCGUGCCAGCUGCUACAUUAGUUGGAAUAGGUGCCUUUGCUGCAGUAAUUGCAUAUUGGUUUGCAAGUCGACCCAAAGCUGUUAAGCCACCAUGCAACCUCCUAAUGCAGUCAGAAGAACUACAGGACGGUGGUGGAGCGCGCCAUUCUGUUUUAGGAGAUGGCCCAAAGCUACUCACACACUACUAUGAUGAUGCGAGGACAAUGUACGAAGUGUUUCAGAGAGGGCUUCACAUUUCUGAAAAUGGUCCUUGUUUGGGAUCCAGGAGACCUAACCAGCCUUACGAAUGGCUCACAUAUAAACAGGUGUCAGACAGAGCAGAAUGUUUAGGAUCAGGACUGUUACACCAGGGAUGCAAGCCGUCACCAGACCAGUUUAUUGGCGUCUUUGCACAGAAUCGCCCCGAGUGGAUCAUCUCUGAGCUUGCUUGUUACACCUAUUCUAUGGUGGUAAUCCCAUUGUAUGACACUCUGGGCCAUGGCGCUAUCCGCUAUAUCAUUAACACAGCUGAUAUCUCAACAGUAAUAUGCGACAAGCCAGAAAAAGCCAAAAUUCUUCUAGAGAAUGUUGAAAAAGGAGAGACCCCUGGUCUUAGGUGUGUUGUUCUCAUGGACGCAGUGGACCAGCAGCUGGUGGAUAGAGGAAAACAUUGCUCUGUGCACAUUCAAACUAUGCAAGAACUGGAGGAAUGUGGGCGAAAAAACAGAAGACCACCAAUUCCACCUACACCGGAAGAUCUGUCUAUUGUGUGUUUUACCAGUGGUACAACAGGCAAUCCCAAAGGUGCCAUGCUGACCCACGGCAAUGUUGUAGCCGACUUUUCUGGAUUUUUGAAAGUGACAGAGAAAGUGAUAUUUCCGAAACAGGACGAUGUGCUCAUCUCCUUCUUGCCUCUGGCUCACAUGUUUGAGAGAGUUAUACAGUCGGUAGUAUAUUGCCAUGGUGGACGCAUUGGCUUCUUCCAAGGUGACAUUCGUCUUCUAUCUGAUGACAUGAAGACUUUACGGCCCACUAUUUUCCCAGUUGUUCCAAGAUUAUUAAACAGAAUGUACGACAAGAUUUUUAGCCAAGCAGACACAAAGGUUAAGAGAUGGAUCCUGGACUUUGCAUCUCAAAGGAAGGAAGCUGAAGUAAGGAGAGGAGUCAUUCGAAACAAUAGUCUUUGGGACAAACUACUUUUUAAUAAAGUCCAGGCAAGUCUUGGAGGACGUGUCAGAAUGAUUGUAACAGGAGCUGCACCUGCAUCUCCCACAGUUUUGGGAUUUUUACGGGCAGCCCUUGGCUGUCAGGUGUAUGAAGGAUAUGGGCAGACAGAAUGCACAGCUGGGUGCACAUUCACCACUCCAGGGGACUGGACCUCAGGACACGUGGGUGCUCCGUUACCAUGUAACUUUAUUAAACUGGUCGAUGUGGAGGAGAUGAAUUAUUUUGCUACAAAAGGAGAAGGGGAGAUAUGUGUGAAAGGACCCAAUGUAUUUAAAGGUUAUCUUAAAGAUAAAGAAAAGACAGCAGAAGCUUUAGAUCAGGAUGGUUGGCUUUACACUGGAGACAUUGGAAAAUGGUUACCGAAUGGUACACUUAAGAUCAUAGACCGAAAAAAACACAUAUUUAAACUUGCACAAGGAGAGUACAUUGCACCAGAGAAAAUUGAAAACAUUUAUAUCCGCAGUGAACCUGUAUCCCAACUAUAUGUCCAUGGGGACAGUCUACAGGCCUGUUUAGUUGGUAUUGUUGUUCCUGAUGCUGAAGUGAUGCCAGGAUGGGCAAAGAAGAAGGGUUUUGAAGGAACAUUUACAGAACUAUGCAAUAAUUUGGAACUAAAAAAAGCAAUGAUGGCUGAUAUGGUGAGACUUGGAAAAGAAAGUGGGCUGCAUUCCUUCGAGCAGGUGAAAGCAAUUCAUAUCCAUAAAGAGAUGUUCACUGUACAGAACGGUUUGUUGACACCAACACUUAAGGCAAAAAGACGUGAACUCAGAGACUUCUUCAAACAAGAGAUCGAGGAGCUUUACGUUACGGUUUCUGUGUGACAAACUGUGGGUGGCCAAACUCCCUGUUAAAUGUCCGCUGUCACGCGGAAGUCCUACCAAUAUGUGGAUACUUUUUUUUUUUUCCUUUAUUUUUGGAUUUUCUUUUUUUUAACCCAGUUAUCAUCAAAGUGCUUGGAAUGCAUAAAAGCAAUGAAAGACAAAAGAGGUUAAAUUAACCAGUUACUAUUUUCCUUUUCUGUUACUAGCAUGUACGGUACAGCAGCAGCAGACUGAAGGCUAAUACCGAUAGUACAGGAUGCCAGCACAGCUUCAAUAAGGACACUUUGUUUUUAAGCACAGAAAAUAUUUUAGAAUUAAACUACUGUUUAAUAGGUGCACGAAACAAACAAACAAACAAAAUAAAUAAAAACAGAACAUUGACCUGUUUUCUGGAUUGCAAGGACAGCCGUGUCCUUUUUAUAUAGCAGUACAUAUUGCGCAAGCUGUGUAAAAUGUUUAAAGAUUUCAAGAGAUUAAUAAUUUUCAAUAAAAUAACUACAAUG